AAAAAUUAACGGUCAACGGGAAAAGGAAAACGAUGGCGCGUCAAAUGCUAAACCAUUAAACUACGGUUGUGGACGGCAAACGCUUGUCGUCUCCGAAACGCAACCGCAGAGAACCCAAAUUUAUAUCAUUCUAUAUCUUCUCUUCUUCACCGGCGUACAAUAGCACUCAACUCUUAACUUACGCACCUCUCUUCUCUCAUGGCGGUUUCAGUCUCAGCUCCGGUUUUGUCCCUCUGUUACAAUCAGAGCGGCGAAUUGUCUCGUAGUUUGGGAUAUAGACUACCGAAGAAAGUGGGAUUUAGCUCUGGUCGUCGUUCAGUGAGUUAUAUCGGUUUCGGUGCGGAGAAAGUUGGAAGAUUUAGGGUUAGGGUUCCGAUUUGCAGAGCUGUACCUCCUCUCUUGUUCAAAGAUCUCGAUGCUGAUGAUUUCCGACAUCCUUUUGAUAAGCAGAACACGUUGUUACUAAGGGCUAUACCGGGGUUGAACGAAUUCGGCAAAGCUCUUUUAGGGUCAAUGACGGAGCAGAUUAUGCUUCUUGAGAACAUUGGGACUUCUGUUCUUGUUUCCAAGAAUCAGCUCUCUGAUCUUCACGGUUUGUUGGUUGAGGCUGCUGAGAUUUUGAAUAUAGAGGCUCCUGAUCUAUAUGUGCGACAGAGUCCUGUUCCUAAUGCGUAUACGCUGGCAAUAAGCGGUAAGAAGCCGUUUAUUGUUGUCCACACCAGCUUGAUCGAGCUUCUUACUAGCGCGGAGCUACAGGCUGUCUUAGCCCAUGAACUAGGCCAUCUGAAGUGUGAUCACGGCGUGUGGCUCACAUUUGCAAAUAUUCUUACUCUUGGGGCUUAUACAGUUCCUGCUUUUGGGCAAAUGAUAGCUCGAACCUUGGAAGAACAGUUACUUCGUUGGCUACGUUCAGCAGAGCUGACUUGUGAUCGCGCAGCACUACUCGUCGCCCAAGAUCCAAAGGUUGUUGUAUCUGUUCUGAUGAAAUUAGCCGGAGGAUGUCCAUCAAUCGCUGAUCAGCUAAAUGUUGACGCAUUUCUAGAACAAGCCCGUUCAUAUGACAAAGCUUCUUCAAGCCCCUUGGGAUGGUACAUAAGAAAUGCUCAGACUAGUCAACUUUCGCAUCCAUUGCCGGUUCUUCGUGCACGUGAGAUUGAUGAGUGGUCCAGGAGUCUCGAGUACAAAAGUCUCCUGAAACGGGCAAAUCGAAAAAGCACAGUACAGAAGGUUUAGUGACGUUGUUAAAGAUUUAAAAGGAAGGAAGCGAAAUAAACAUGUAUAGGAACAAUACAGAAGGAGCAAAGAAGAAAUGAGAGAUUGGACUCUAGGUCUAAAUAGGUACUGUAAAACUCUUGUAUUUAUUUAGUGGCAUACUGGCAUUGUUGUAUAUCUUAUAACUGUAAUAGAUAAAUUCAAAUGUAUAUUCCGGAAAACAAAAGGGCCUUAGCUCAAAGAUAAUAUAUGAUAAAGAUUGUUUGUAUA